CAGGUUUUUGGCACUGAAGAACCUUGCCACCGUUUUCCUUCAACAAGGUUCUACCCAUUAUGAGAGUGCACUACGCUGCUAUCUUCAAGCUGUAGAGAUUGAUACCAAAGAUUCUGUUGUCUGGAACCAGCUGGGAACACUCUCAUGUUCGAUGGGGUCUUUAAGCAUAUCUCGUUGGGCAUUUGAGCAGGGGCUUUUUUGCAGCCCCAACAAUUGGAAUUGCAUGGAGAAACUCUUGGAAGUUCUUAUUGCAAUUGGUGAUGAGGUUGCUUGCCUUUCUGUUGCGGAAUUGAUUUUAAGGCAUUGGCCGUCACAUUCUCGUGCUUUGCAUGUCAAAAGUACCAUUGAGGAGUCUGAACCAAUCCCAUAUGCUCCAAGAGGUAUAGACAAACUGGAACCUAAACAUGUCCGGUUGAAAUUUCCGGAGAAGAGAAAAGCAACAAACAAUGAUCCAGAUGAUGGUAUCCUAUCCAAAAAGCUGAACCAGAACAUAGAAUUGUACAUCCCAGAGGCUUCCUGGACAGCUCUUGCUGACAUACUUCUGGAAAUUUUACUUCCAUUGAGUGGAUCUGGUUGUGAACAAGAGCCUGAGAAAUUAGCUAGAUCUGGGGAUGUUAGAUUAAGUAUACAGUUGCCUCACAGUUCAGGAAUUGUUAUGGGGUCUGGGGAAAGAAAAGAAUGUACUGUCACCCCACUUGCUGAAAAUAAGUCUUACAGUAAUUGUAAUUCAGGCAAAGGUAGUGUUUUUACUGAGAAGGAAGCAAUUAUGUAUGAAGAACAACCUCAGGAGAGGCGAAGUAGUCGUCUUGAAAGGCUUAGAAGUCGUAAACCGGGUAAAGAAGAAUUAGAUUUUGCGAGCAGUAAGGAUCUGGGAAAAAUUGUAGUGCAAUUUCUAGAACCUUUUAUUGUGGGUGGAGCAGGAACUAAAAAUAGUAAGAAUGAUGCUGCCUGUUCUUUUCAAUGUGCUGAGGUUGUGGCUGGUCCACUGGACAAUGAAAGAAGUGAGGUUACCAGAUUUGUUCAAGAAACCUCAAAAAAUUAUGGCGCUUACCACUUGGGUCACUUGCUUUUAGAAGAGAUGGCAAGUAGAAGCAUGUUAUAUCAGGACACCUUUGCCAAGUUUUUGGAGUUGGAGAAGGUGACUAGGCACUGGGGAAGGGAUAGGACACCUGAAUGCUGUCUUUUUCUUGCUGAGCUGUAUUAUGACUUUGGAUCACGUUCUCCAGACAAGUUCAGGAUGUCUGAUUUCAUGUCAGAUGCAUCAUAUCAUCUUUGUAAGAUAAUCGAAUCGGUAGCUCUAGACUAUCCGUGGAACAUGAGUGGUGGAGCUGGGGGUGAAACUUCCUCCAGUUCUCAGCACAAUUGUCAAAUGCCAAUUGGCAUUUCUUCUCUGUUGAGCAAUAAACGUUUGUUUUGGGUUCGUUUUUUUUGGUUAAGUGGGCGAUUAUCAGUUUUGGAUGGUAACAAAGCUAAAGCUCAAGAAGAAUUCUGUAUUUCCUUAUCACUUUUGACGAAUAAGGAUAAUACAAGUGGCUCUCCUGGAUCUGUUUGCUUGCCCCACUGCAAAGCCAUUAAAAAAUUAACAAUUGAUAGGGUUCUGCAUGAGAUUAAUUUACUGGAGGUGGAUUUUUUGUUGAAAAAGACAGUAGGCGAGAUGAUUGAGAAAGACACGCAUUCUGAGUGUGUAAGUUUGCUUGCCCCCCUUCUAAUUUCUGCAAAAGAUGUGUAUCCUGAUUUAUUAUAUGUUGCCAUCAAAGAAGGUGACGAGGUUACUUCACUUGAACUGUCAGCAUUAGAUGUUUUAAUUAAAGCAUGUGAACACACAGAGCCGAUGGACAUUGAGGUCCUUUUGAAUUGUCACCAACAGAAGCUGCAAAUACUCAUGGUUGCAGCUGGUGUGGAAGAAUGUCAUGCUUCUGAGAAAAUGUCAGGCUUAAAAGUGCUCUCUGUUUCUGAAACAGAAUCAAAAGAAAACCCAAGCAAGCACUGGAAUCACUUGGUUGAUAACGAAGUGAAGGCAAUAUCUCAAAUUGUCUCGCAGAUGAAGAACCUCAUCCAUCCUUGUGGAAAUUCUAAUGGCUCUGCUGUUCCAAUGAAAACCAUUGGCGAUAUUCAGUCUUUACUGCUGGCACACAUGUGCAAUAUUGCAAGCAUGUACUUCUCUAAGAAGACUUCUGGGCCUGGUAGUUCAGAUCAAAAUGAUCUAAGUCAAAGGUGCUGCUUCAUAGAUGCAACUAUUGCAUUCUGCAAACUUCAACACUUGAACCCCGCUGUCCCUGUCAAAACUCAAUCUGAAUUGAUCGUGUGUAUCCAUGACAUGCUUGCUGAGUAUGGCCUCUGCUGUUCGGGUGGAUCUGGUGAAGAGGAGGGAGGAACAUUUCUUAAAUAUGCAAUAAAGCACCUAUUGGCCUUGGAUAUGAAACUUAAAUCUAAUUUCCAUUCUUUAAAUAGGGGACUGGAAAUGACUGAAAGGGACGAGCAGCCUUCCCAUGAUAAUCAUGUCAAAUGGUCUGAGCAGCUUUUCGAUGAUAGUAAUGUCGAAAGAUCUCUGGUUGAAUCAAAAUUGGAUUUAGUGAAUAUGGAAGAGGAUCGGACUGAUAUAGAUGAAGCCAUCACUGUGAAGGAGGAUGCUGUUGAAAGGAUGAGCUCAGUGGGCGUAUCACCUCAUAAAGAUUUAGAGAAAAAGAAAACAGAAGUAGAAUGUGGUAUACAUAUUUGUGAUGGGUCCGGUGCCACGUUCCGUAGAGCAGAAGAAGCAAGCAUUCAGUUUCUCGAAUGUGGCAAUGACCUAACUGAAGAUGAAAGGGAGGAGCUUGAGCUUGGAAUUGAUAAUGCUUUGGAUCAGUGCUUUUUCUGUUUAUAUGGUUUGAAACUUAGAUCCGAUUCAUCUGGUGAAGAUGAUCUAGCCAUGCACAAAAAUACAAGCAGGGGAGAUUAUCAGACGAAGGAACAGUGUGCUGAUGUUUUUCAGUAUAUACUGCCCUAUGCAAAGGCAUCCUCUAGAACUGGAUUAGUGAAACUUCGGAGAGUAUUAAGAGCUAUACGCAAACAUUUUCCACAACCACCUGUCAAUGUUUUAGCUGGAAAUGUGAUAAAUAAGUUUUUAGAUGAUCCUGAUUUGUGUGAAGAUAGACUCUCAGAGGAGGCCGGAUCUAAUGGGUUUCUUGAUGCCAUUACAAAGAUACUAUUUUCUGAUGCUGGAAGCCUCAAACAACAGAAGGCAUUAUCUGCAGGGAGUUCUGAGCCAUAUCUGGAGGUUUAUUGCAACUUGUAUUAUCUCCUUGCUCUGUCUGAAGAAAUGAGUGCAACUGAUAAAUGGGCUGGCUUUGUAAUCACCAAGGAAGGGGAAGAAUUCGUGGAGCAAAAUGUGAAUCUUUUUAAAUAUGAUUUACUAUUCAAUCCUCUACGCUUUGAGAGUUGGCAACGGCUUGCGAAUAUUUAUGAUGAGGAGGUGGACUUACUGCUAAAUGAUGGCAGUAAGCAAAUAAAUGUAUUAGGAUGGAGGAAAAAUGCUACUUUACCUCAGAGAGUUGAGGCAAGUCGAAGAAGGAGCAGGCGGUGCUUGUUGAUGACUUUGGCUUUGGCCAACACAGCGGUCCAACAGGCGGAGAUACAUGAGUUAUUGGCAUUGGUGUACUAUGAUGGUCUUCAGAAUGUGGUGCCAUUUUAUGAUCAAAGAUCUGUGGUACCCGCAAAGGAUACAGCAUGGAUAAUGUUCUGCCAGAAUUCAAUGAGACAUUUCAAGAAGGCUUUUGAAUAUAAGGAAGAUUGGUCUCAUGCAUUUUAUCUGGGAAAACUCUGUGAAAAGCUCGGAUACUCGCAUGAUAUAUCAUUCUCAUAUUAUGAUAAGGCUAUUGCUUUGAAUCCAUCAGCUGUAGAUCCUUUCUACAGGAUGCAUGCUUCACGCUUGAAGUUGCUCUAUACGGUUGGGAAACAAAAUGAACAAGCUUUAAAGGUUGUUGCAGCAUAUUCCUUUACUCAAUCUACAAAGGAUACCGUCAUGAAUAUGUUUGAUAGAAUGGACCCUGAAACUUCACAGUCGCCGGUGGAUGUUGAGGGAAGUACUGAUGGCAAUUCUGACUAUAAGUUGGAAGAGGUGUGGCAUAUGCUUUACGAUGAUUGCCUUUCGGCCCUUAAAAUUUGUGUUGAAGGGGACCUCAAACAUUUUCAUAAAGCCAGAUAUAUGCUUGCUCAAGGGUUGUAUAGGAGGGGUGAGAGUGGGGAUCUCGAGAAGGCUAAGGAGGAGCUUUCCUUUUGCUUUAAGUCAUCUCGCUCUUCCUUUACUAUAAAUAUGUGGGAGAUUGAUGGUAUGGUCAAAAAAGGAAGGCGGAAAACAAUUGGUCUUUCUGGGAACAUGAAGGUGCUGGAAGUUAACCUACCAGAAAGUUCUCGAAAAUUUAUUACUUGCAUUAGGAAGUACAUGUUGUUCUAUUUGAAAUUGAUGGAGGAGACGGUAGACAUCUCUACCCUGGACCGUGCUUACAUAUCUAUUCGGGCAGAUAAGAGGUUCUCCUUGUGCCUGGAAGAUCUUGUUCCAGUAGCACUUGGUAGGUACAUCAAGGCUCUAACUUCAUCCAUCCGUCGAUCGGACAAUGGCUCUGGUGCUGCGAGCGGCUCUCUUGAUCAUCUUCUGGAGAAGAUGUUCUCUUUGUUCUUGGAACAGGUGACCUUAUGGUCCGAUAUAUGCAAUUUGCCUGAGAUCAAGGGCCCAGAGUUGGUGGAAAGCAACUUACAUGGGUAGGUCAUUAAAGAAAAUAACAAUCACAAAUUAAAAAUGUUUCGAGAAUGCUGAUUCAGAUGAGUGCAAUGCAGUACCGAGGACACAUAUACAAGUUGGACACUUAGUUUAUCAUUCACAAUUAUUUAAACAGGUUACCCUUUGCAGAUAUCUCUAUCAAUACAUCCAGUCGUUAGAGAGCAAUGCCAAGGUAGAAACGCUUGAAGGAAUAAAUGAGAAGAUAAGAAAGCGUCUGAAGAACCCAAAGUUGUCAAACAGUAACUGCGCGAAGGUUUAUAGGCAUGUUUCUGCUGCUUGGUGUCGAUCACUUGUGAUCAGCAUGGCCCUGAUCACACCAUUACAUACCAGACUGUCAAGUGAGAUCCAAGUUCCUAAUUUAUCAGAUAGUGGUUCAGAAAACACCCAACUGCUUUGUGUUGAUCUGCAAACAGAUGAAUUAUGGAAUUCAUCAUUUGAGGACCCAAACCAUCUAAAGAUUCUUGAAACAAAAUGGAACCCUUCAUUGUCCAAGAUUAAGAAUGUUAUAAUCAAGAAAGUUUCUGAUGAAGAUUUGGAGACUGCCCCAACAUUGCUGAGAUCUUCAUACAACUUCUAUAGGGACACCUCUUGUGCUAUGCUCCCGUCAGGUGUAAACCUUUAUAUGGUACCAUCUCAGUUAGCAACAGAAACAUAUAUUCAGCUGGGCAUAGAAGGGGUUGACAUUCUUGAUAUGAAUACCCCUCGGAAGCUUCUUUUGUGGGCCUACACACUGUUGACUGGUCAUUGCCCUAAUAUCUCAGUUGUUAUAAGGUAUUGUGAAGAAAAUGCCAAGUCCAAGAUGAAAAAGGGAACUGGAAGUUCAUCUGUGCCUUCAAGUACAGGCCUACCCACUGCCAUGGCUUCUCAUGCAGGUGGGGGAAAAGAUGGGAUGGGCAAGUGCAGUGAACUGGGGGCCGGCUCAGCCAAUGUAGGAGCUGCUUCUCUGCCUGGAAUGGAGUGCACACGUAGUGUGGCAUCUAACUCUUUGCCUGAAUCUGAGAACAAAUGCAAUGUGACAUCUGAUUCUUUGCCUGAAACCGAGAGAGCAGAGAAUGUGGCAUCGUCUUCUAUGCUUGAAACCGGAAGUUCAUGUAAUUUGGCAUCUGUUUCUCAAUUCGAAACUGAUAGUUCAAAAAAUGUGUCAUCUUCUUCUUUACCUGACAGCAAGAGCAUGCAUAGACUAAAUGCAAGUUCUUCCAAUGAGAGUCAAAGGAUUUUAUCAGCUACUCCAUGUCUACUUCAGUGCAAUAGUAUUGUUCCAGAAUUGAGCAAUGUGGAUGAUGAGCCGGAUGGAGCAGAUCCCAGCAAAGGUUAACGUUAGUAGUGUAGAGAUUUGCUUUUAACCAAUCACCAGAGCAACUAACCCUUUGUGUUGUAUGUGUUUUUUGUAUAGUUAUUUUCGGUACAAUCCCUUUUUUUUGUCUUAAUGUAAUGAAAAACACGUGUAAGAUUUUUUUACUUUACUGUUCGAAUUUACUUAUUACUUG